AUGCCAGGUAUUCCAGGUGAAAUAACCAUCCCUGAAUCAAAUCAAUCCAUUCAGACAAAGGGUAAAGGAAAGGCUGCUGAAGAGGAAGUGAAUGUCACAAAAAGUUCUUCAUCAGCAAAGUUAUCCACAAACGAAUAUCAGCUGAAAGCGAUUGAAUGGGCUGGCACAGUAGGCGGUGAACCUCGAAAGUUAAAGAUCAUAACUCAAAAUGGCAACGUUUUGAUUUUACGAGGUUUUAUCGAGAUUAAACCAUACGAUCGUUCAACUGUAACUUAUGAUUACCUCGUGGAAUUAUUGGGUGAUUACUUAUUCCAAUUAAUUCCAGAUAAAGAGGCUGAGAUUCAAAAAGGGUUCCUUCAAUUGACAAUUGACCAAUCUUCACAAAAAGGUCAAAGUCAACAAGAUCAUUCUGCCGAUCUCUUAAAUGGAAUCGAGGGUGUGGAUGAUGAUAAUCGAAAGACCGAUAAUGCUCAAAUUACUAACGAUACUAAUGCCACGAGACUAUCUCUACAAGACUAUCAACACACAUUGAAUGCCGCCAUUUCAAUUAUUCCUAUAUUACAGACUGGCCUGGAUGUAAACGUUCGAUUCAAUUCUAUUCACGGUUUUGAACCCACCGCUGAACUUUCCGUAUUCGACAUUUUUGGUGUAGAAUUAGUUCAUGGUUGGGUGGUUGACCCUCAGGACGAAGAAACGUGGGAUGUUGUGGUCGGAAAGUGUGGUAGCUACAACAAAGCUGUUGAAUGUGUUGUGGGUGGUGACUCUGUGAGUAAAGGUGUCGUUCUGGAGAGCUCAGAUGGUAUUUCUGAUAUAGGUUUUGAUAAAUCUGAGCGAUCCGCUAAUGCUAUGGAAAAUAUCAGAGUCAGAGAUGUCACUGAUGCCGGUUUCGUUAAUGAACAUUCAGUUGUAUGGGAAUCGCUUAUUGAUGUAGAUCAAAGCGCUUCUGAAUUCGUUAAUGGUCAAUUUCGUAAAGGUGAAAUCAGUGGUGGUGAUUACGUUGGUGUGACGGAUAAUGAAACACAUUGUGGUGGAGAUCAAGACUACGCGCUUGCCUUAAGUCUCCAACAGCAAGAAGAUGAACGUGAAGCGGAAUUCCGCAGAAAACAACAACAACAGCGUCAGGAAGAUUUGCAACGACAACAAAGACGACAAAAUCGCCAAUAUGAUCAAACGUCUAUUG